GUCAAAACAGACACACAAAAAAGCGACUGCAGACAGAACAGACGCCAUAAAUUUAUAAACGGUAAACCCAAUAAAAGUUUACUUUUUAAUUCCAAAAAAGUUAAAAUACUUUUCUACGCAAUCUCAAAAAUUAAUUAAAAAUCUAUUUAGAAUUUAUUUAUUGCACCUUGAACAUUUGGUUUUACUAAAUUUAAAUCAAAAUCACAGUCGGCAUUAGUUUCGUAUGUAUAAGUGUGUCCGCGCAUCGAGAAACGAGACAGAUGUUCAAAUAAAAACAAAAAAAGAGCAUCUAUUUUUCUUAUGUACCUAAUCGUACCUUUUUUUUACCUGCAUAAUUUUGAGGUUAGACCACAAAAUAGGAAAAAAUAAAUGAACGACCAAUUUUUUCACAUCAAAUUUUAAAUAAAAUUAAAAAUGAAACUCGAUUUAUCAACUCAAGUUUCUGAACUCAAACAAGAGCAUGAAAUCACCCAAAGAAUCAUUCAUCAGAUUCUUUAUUCUAAACGGCUUUUAGCCGAUCAUGUUGAAUCUUUAGAACACUGUUUGUCUUUUCUGCAACAGCAGCAAGAGGCAAGCAGUUUGACGGAGAAAAAACCUGUGGAAAUAUUCACAGCAAGAAAUACAUGUGUUUUAUUGGGUUCAACAAUUUUGGAACACUUUAUUACACCGAAAUCAUUGAAGUUGACUCUGAUUCCUUCAGUUCUCUUCACGGCUAGUUUCAGUGCAUUGUUUGUAGUCAAAAAUAUCUUUGUUUUUCGUAAUAAAGUUGUUGAACGUGAUUUGGAGAAACUAAUACGAAGCAUUGAUGAAUUUGGAAAUUGCAUUCGACGUAAUAUGACUUAUUUUAAUGAAGUUUUAGUUAUGAAGGCUUCAGAGUUGAUUGAAUCAAGACAAAUUGAAAGAGCUUGGGAUUGUAUAACUUCAAUUAAAGAAGUUGUCGAAGUUCUUUUUGAUGCAACGAGAAAAUUGGAAAUGUUACAUCCAAUUCCAUCAAGAUUCACUGAACAUUAUUCACCAAUGGAAGAUUUGAAGGAAUGCGAUUAUUUCAGGAAUAACAUCACAGAUUAUAAUCCUAAAAAUAUUAAGGACUUUUACAACAUUUUUGCCUACGUACAAUCACAAUAUCUAUUUCGCUUGGCUCUGACAAUAUCACAAAAACCAUCACUAUCCAGUCUAAGUCGCGACAUAUCCAAUGUUGAAUACCAAAUCCGCCAACUAGUCAACGAAGAAGAAAAUCACUUUAGAAAUCUCUCAAUUGAUUUGCGCAAAAAGAAACAACUCGAAGCAAGUGAAUUUAAUCAAAACCAAAUAAUGCGCUGCAAAUCUGGACCCGUAGCCGUACUACAAAGUUCAUCAUUAAAAUUAAGUUCCUGUAUGGUAGCUGUAGCUGAAGAAUGUCAACAACUCGACGAAGCUCUACAAAGACUCACCGAAACCGAGGCGGUGCAAAAAGACGAAAGUAAAGAUCUAAUUGACGUUGCAAAUAGUAUGCGUUCAAUUGAGGGCACUUUAUCGGUAUGUUUUGAUGAUUUUCAUCGUUUAAUGUUGGUUUAUGAUAAGUUCUUAAGUAGUAAAUUAGAUGAUAGAUUGUUAGAUAAUAAGAAAUCAUUGCCGUCAUCCUCGGCGACAAAUGAUGCAUUGGCUGAUGGUAACGAAAGUAUUUUGCGUGUAGAAAUUUCAAAUGAUGGCGGUGUUAAACAAGAUGAUUUUUAUGCUUAUAUGUUUGAAGAAAGCGAUCAACAGCAAGAAGCUGAAAAUGAACAUGAAAAUGGUGGUGCUGAUCGAGAGAUUUUAAAUUUUGAAAAACGCGUUACUAAAGGUAAAUUUAAACCUGUUUUAAGGCAGUUGAAAGAUCGCAUUGAUCCCAUUCGCCAAGAGAUGUUAGAGAAAGAACGUCGAGUUCUUGAAGCUAAAGGCAUCAAUGUUGAUGAACUUUUUGCUCCCGAAAACAAUAAUAAUAACAGUAGUAGAUUUGAAUCUGAAAAUGAUGAUUCGGGCAGUGAAGGUUCAGCCGAUGAAGUUGAAAAACGAAGUAAAAAAAUCAAAGAACGCGAUAAUUUUGCCGAAAUGAGAAAUUUUCUAGCACAAAAAGAAUCAAUUAAUUUGUUUCAACUUGAGUUACCAUCACAAAAUGCAACAAUAAAUUCAAAUGAAGAAAUUCUUGAGUAAGGAUCUUUAGUCCAAGUUAAGUUUGUAGAACAAAAAUUGUUGAAGGACAAAAAACACACACAAAAAAGAAGAAAACAUUUUUUGCAUUUUUAUAUAUAUAAAAAAAAACACGUUAAAGAAAAAUUU